AUGAGAAACCAGAACUUUUACUCCCCUUCUAGCGAGGAUAUGCCAGCUCCUCUAGAGUUUCCUCGUCGCACAUCGUCCUUGCGUAACAAGCGACCGCUACCUCACAUAGUCACUACCACCGACCCUGAAUACAACAGGCAGUUGUUCACACUCCACGAAUGCGCCGACGAUGCUUCUCGGCCUUACCACAAACGGAGCUUCUCACUAGGUUCAUCGCGGACGCCUACAACUCCUGGCCUCAUCGACUCGCCGUACAGUGAUGUAGCGCCGACACUGCGCAUGUUUUCAACUUCAUACGUCAUGACGAAACCGCAAGGGAACUCUGCAAGCUACUUCAAGAGUAACUUCAGCAAUACUCGCCAAGCAUUCAAUCCCAGCCACCAGAAGACGCAAGGGAAAGUUCAAAAUUGGCUUUCCAAACUUCCCAGUCGAAAAGAUUCGCCCUUUGAAGAAAGGAGGAGAGAUGACGAAGUGAGCCGAAUAUUGAAGUCUAGACAGCCCUACCUUGUGGCUAAUGCUUCUGCGACGUCUACUCGAGUUGAGAAGCAAUUUCUGAACCUGGACCCGGAAGAAGACGACGGGUCUGAAAGCUCCGAUUCCGAGGAUACCAGAGACCUUGAUAGCUACCACGAGGCUCUGUUCAGAUUAUCGGGCACAAGAUAUGAUUGCAAGCCAACCUUUCGGGCAUCGAUGCGACGCCAAUUUCCAAUCGACAGGGAAAGAGAAGCCCAUUUGAAGAUGUUUUGAUGAGAGAAAAUGAAGU